AUGAAUCCAGAAUAUGACUACCUGUUUAAGCUUUUGCUCAUUGGAGAUUCAGGAGUUGGAAAAUCGUGUCUCCUUCUGAGGUUUGCUGAUGAUUCAUAUCUGGAAAGUUACAUUAGCACCAUUGGGGUUGAUUUUAAAAUCCGCACCGUGGAGCAGGAUGGGAAAACUAUUAAGCUCCAGAUUUGGGACACUGCGGGGCAAGAACGCUUUAGGACAAUUACUAGCAGUUACUAUCGUGGGGCACAUGGAAUUAUUGUGGUCUAUGAUGUGACUGAUCAAGAGAGCUUUAAUAAUGUCAAGCAAUGGUUAAAUGAAAUUGACCGCUAUGCGAGUGAGAACGUAAACAAGCUCCUAGUUGGAAACAAGUGUGACCUCACGGCGCAGAAGGUUGUGUCUUAUGAGGCAGGGAAGGCAUUUGCUGAUGAAAUUGGGAUACCCUUUUUGGAAACAAGUGCUAAAAAUGCAACCAAUGUGGAACAGGCUUUCAUGGCCAUGGCGGCUGAGAUCAAGAACAGGAUGGCAAGCCAACCAGCCAUGAACAAUGCCAGGCCUCCAACUGUGCAGAUCCGAGGACAAUCUGUCAACCAAAAAUCUGGUUGCUGCUCUUCCUGAAGAGAG